CCAUUCUUUCUUUCCGUCUUUCACGCUCCGCCUCUCCUUCAUCGUUUCUUAGAUUCUUCUUUCUCUUUCUCCUUUCUCAGAUCUCUUUUCCUUCAAAACGAUCCUCUGUUUUUUUUUUCCAUCUCUCUGGGGUUGUUUUCUUGGAGGAAGAAAGAAUCUCUUUUCCUAGCGAUCUUGUCGAUGUUUUUUUUCUUUGCAUGGUCUAGUGGAUGUUUGAUUACGUCUGAUCUCUGAAUUUUAGUGACGUUUUCUGGGUUUUUGAUAUUGUAGAAAAUUCAGAUUUUUUUUUUUAAUAAUAAUAAUCUUGGUCAAUGGUAAUAUAGUGGUGGACGAGUCGGUUUCUUAGGGUUUACUUUUUUCUAAUUGUCUUCGUUGAUUUCUUUUUUAUUUGAUUUUCAACGCUAUUAUUGAAGAGAAUUUCUGUUUGUGGAAUUUUGUUAUUUGUGAAAAAAUUGUUUAAAAAAAAUGUUCAUGUCAUAUUAGAAUCUGGAUGUCAGAAGAACGUGUGCAACUUGGGGUUGGUGUAAUAGUUUAAACAUUUUUUCUUACAAAAAUAAAUUUAAGUUUUCGGACAGGAUUAUUGUUUAACAUAUUUGCUAAAUUCUCUAAAAAAACAAUUUGAUAAUGAUGAAAAUUUUGAUUAGUUUUAGAAAGCUUAUGUCAGAAUCUUGUUUGGUGAUUGUUGUUUAGGGUUCUUUGAGUUGUGUUGUGUCUCUUUUUCUCUGUGUGUCUGAGAUUACUUUAGAAGAAAGAAAACGAAAAAAAAAAUGGAACCAACAAAUGAGACAAAAGCUACACCGGAAAACAACCUCAGAAGCAGAGUAGCUGUUGGGAACAACAGCAAGAAAGACAUGAUUUUCCGAGCUGACAAGAUCGAUUUGAAGCAUCUGGACAUUCAGCUGGAGAAACAUCUGAGUAGGGUUUGGUCAAGAAACAUCGAGAAGAAUCCAAAGCCUAAGGAAGAGUGGGAGAUUGAAUUGGUUAAGUUGGAGAUGAGGAAUGUCAUUGCUCGUGGUGCUUAUGGUAUUGUCUACAAAGGCAUCUAUGAUGGUCAAGACGUUGCAGUGAAAGUGCUUGAUUGGGGAGAAGAUGGUUACGCGACAGCUGCUGAGACAUCAGCUCUACGUGCUUCGUUUAGACAAGAAGUUGCGGUUUGGCAUAAACUUAACCAUCCUAAUGUCACAAAGUUUGUUGGAGCAUCAAUGGGAACAACGAAUCUGAAGAUACCAUUAUCAGCUGAGAACGAGAACUCGUUGCCUCAGAGAGCUUGUUGUGUGGUUGUGGAGUAUCUUCCUGGUGGAACUCUUAAGCAGUUCUUGUUCCGUAACAGGAGAAGGAAACUCGCUUUUAAAGUUGUUGUUCAGCUCGCUCUUGAUCUCUCCAGAGGGCUAAGUUAUUUGCACUCAGAGAGAAUUGUUCAUCGAGAUGUGAAAACAGAGAACAUGCUUUUGGAUUAUCAGAGGAAUCUAAAGAUAGCUGAUUUUGGAGUGGCUAGAGUUGAAGCACAGAAUCCAAAGGACAUGACUGGUGAAACUGGUACUCUUGGAUACAUGGCUCCAGAGGUUCUUGAUGGUAAGCCAUACAACAGAAGAUGCGAUGUAUACAGCUUUGGGAUAUGCUUGUGGGAGAUAUAUUGUUGUGACAUGCCAUAUCCUGAUCUCAGCUUUGCUGAUGUUUCUUCUGCUGUUGUUCGUCAGAAUCUGAGACCGGACAUACCGAGAUGUUGUCCGACAUCAUUGUCAAGCAUCAUGAAAAAAUGUUGGGAUGCUAAUCCUGAGAAGCGACCGGAGAUGGAGGAAGUCGUGAAGAUGCUUGAAGGAGUCGACACCUCCAAAGGCGGCGGAAUGAUCCCGGAAGAUCAAAGACCUGGCUGUUUCUGCUUUGUCUCCGGUCGUGGUCCCUAAAUUUACCUUUUUACCCCUCGCCCACUCAUCUUUUUUGUUUUUUGCCUUUCAGAUUGAAUUUUGGAGCAAUGCUUUGUUUUUUUUGUUUGUCUUCGUUAAUAUGUCCAGAUAAAAAAGUUUUCAUUAUUAAAAAGAAAUAUAUUAUAUAAUUUCAGUCAAUUGUGAAUACUAAUACUGGCAUUUGCUUUCAAUAUACA